AGUCUAAUUAUGGUAAGGCUGAACAAUAUUACAAUAUCAUGAAAUUAGUGUCUUAUAUCUGUAUCAAUAAUUUUUUGUUAGUUUUUCUGUUUUAAAUAUUUGGAAUACUUUCUUGUUUUAUCCAUAGUUUUCACACCACAAUGUCUUUUAAUUUCUUUUUUUAUUUCUAAGCAAUUAUGAGGAAUGCAGGCAAAACCAGAAACUGCUGUUGUGCAAGUGACUCAACAGGCUGUUGCUAGGUAACCAAAGAAUGAGUGAGUUGCUAAGUAACCAAAGAGUGAGAACAUUAUUUGAUUCCACCAAACUUUCUUAGAGAGGUUGAGCCAUAGACAUAAUAAAAGAAUAGGCGCCUCAUGGACCGCUCUUGCCUACUGUCGCCGACGUGACGUAGGGCCGCCAUCUUGGAGUGGUCGCCCGCUCCACUCAGCGUUGUACGUUUGAGGCACAAUUAAGUGUUAGCGCAUUUUAUUAAUUAUAACUAGCUAAAUCCUAAGCAGAUUUUCAUGCUUUUUUACUAGAAACCUUAUUCAAACAACUACCAUAGCUACAUUUACGAGGAAAAUAUAUUUUUUUAAGUAUUAAAAGUAAGUGCCGAUUUCAGCCUUGGUGAUAUAUUACCAGCUGAAUUUCCUCCAAUAGCCGUCAGCUAAGCCGAGCUGCAUUCAGCCGCAGAGUUUGUUUUUAUUCAAACUUCAGCAGUUUUCUAGUUGUUCUGCUGAGGUAGUGACAUCAAUUUGUGACAUCAAUUUGUGACAUCACGCAAAUUGAUGUCACAAAGACACUCCGCUUUGUGGAGCUAGAAUGCAUCACAAAGCUGCAUUCUUGAAUUCUGGUCAUAACCAUUGAGGAAGACAGCGAGAGAGCAACUAGAGCAACUAGAAGGAUUUUUUCCCAACAAGAGAUUGAAAUCGAAAGCUUUUCAAGAUAAAAAGACAAAUCCUAACAAACAAAUAAAAGAAAACAUUGAGCAGUUUUUGGAUUUGUUCAUACAAAAGGGAUAAACAAUGAGUCAGAGCAGUAAGGCAUCAACUUCUGUUUCUGAGAAUGAAAAUAUUCAACAGACCUUAGCUAGAGAGACACAGAAGCUCCACGGUGUCUUGAAAGAAAUUUGCAUGAUGUCUAUUGAGAGACAGACUCUGAUUAAAGGAAAUGAGGAGCUGAAAAUUCAAGUUAUAAGCUUAGAAAAAGCUGCCCUUGAAAAAGACAAGCUGCUCCAGGACAAAGACGAGGAAUUACAAAAACUAUUCGACGUAAACAGAACUAUAAAGGAGGAUAACACCACCCUGGAGCAGAUAAACACCGCCCUCAAGCAGGAAAACACCAACUUAGGUCAGAUAAGCACUUCAUUGGAAAAGGAAAAAAGUGCCUUGGAGCAAAAAAAUAGCACCUUGGAAAAGGAAAUAAAAACUGUGAAGCAGGAAAAUACUGCCUUGAAGCAAAUAAACACCCCUUUGGAGAAUAAAAGCACCACCAAGGAGCAAGUAAACACCGCCAUGAAGAAGGAAAAAGCUAUCCUGGAGAAGGAAAAGACUGCUCUGGUGGAGAAAAGCACCACCCUGGAGCAAGUAAACACCGCCAUGAAGAAGGAAAAAGCUAUCCUGGAGAAGGAAAAGACUGCUCUGGUUGAGAAAAGCACCACCCUGGAGCAAAAAAACAUCACCCUGGAGAAGGAAAAAGCUAUCCUGGAGAAGGAAAAGACUGCUCUGGUGGAGAAAAGCACCACCCUGGAGCAAAUAAACAUCACCCUGGAGAAGGAAAAAGCUAUCCUGGAGAAGGAAAAGACUGCUCUGGUGGAGAAAAGCACCACCCUGGAGCAAGUAAACACCGCCCUGGAAAAGGAAAAAGCUAUCCUGGAGAAGGAAAAGACUGCUCUGGUGGAGAAAAGCACCACCCUGGAGCAAGUAAACACUGCCCUGAAGAAGGAAAAGACUGCUCUGGUGGAGAAAAGCACCACCCUGGAGCAAGUAAACACCGCCCUGGAAAAGGAAAAAGCUAUCCUGGAGAAGGAAAAGACUGCUCUGGUGGAGAAAAGCACCACCCUGGAGCAAGUAAACACUGCCCUGAAGAAGGAAAAGACUGCUCUGGUGGAGAAAAGCACCACCCUGGAGCAAGUAAACACCGCCCUGGAAAAGGAAAAAGCUAUCCUGGAGAAGGAAAAGACUGCUCUGGUGGAGAAAAGCACCACCCUGGAGCAAGUAAACACUGCCCUGAAGAAGGAAAAGACUGCUCUGGUGGAGAAAAGCACCACCCUGGAGAAGGAAAAAGCUAUCCUGGAGAAGGAAAAGACUGCUCUGGUGGAGAAAAGCACCACCCUGGAGCAAGUAAACACCACCCUGGAGAAGAAAAAAGCUAUCCUGGAGAAGGAAAAGACUGCUCUGGUGGAGAAAAGUACCACCCCUGAGCAAGUAAACACCACCCUGGAGAAGAAAAAAGCCAUCCUGGAGAAGGAAAAGACUGCUCUGGUGGAGAAAAGCACCAUUCUGGAGCAACUAAACACCGCCCUGGAGAAGGAAAAGACUGCUCUGGUGGAGAAAAGCACCACCCUGGAGCAAAUAAACAUCGCCCUGGAGAAGGAAAAAGCUAUCCUGGAGAAGGAAAAGACUGCUCUGGUGGAGAAAAGCACCACCCUGGAGCAAGUAAACACCGCCCUGGAGAAGGAAAAGACUGCUCUGGUGGAGAAAAGCACCACCCUGGAGCAAGUAAACACCGCCCUGGAGAAGGAAAAAGCUAUCCUGGAGAAGGAAAAGACUGCUCUGGUUGAGAAAAGCACCAUCCUGGAGCAAGUAAACACCGCCCUGGAGAAGGAAGCGACUGCUCUGGUGGAGAAAAGCACCAUCCUGGAGCAGAAUACCACUGCCUUGGAGAAGAAAAAUUCCGCCCUGAAGCAGGAAAAAAAUACCCUGGAGCAAAUAAACACUGCCCUGGAGCAGGAAAGCACCGCCCUGGGUCAGACAAACAUAGCCCAGGAGAAGGAACAAAAUAUCCUGGAGCAGAAAAACACUGCUCUGGAGCAAAAAAGUACCACCUUCGAGCAGAAAAUCACCACCCUGCAGCACAUGAACACCGACUUUGAGCAGGAAAACACCGACCUGGAGCUUGACGUGGAACAACAGAACCAGCAGCCAUUUGAAGAAGAAACCCACGAAGCCAGCCAGUGGGUUUCUGACCAGCCACGGAAUCAGUCGCCUGUAUGCAGUCGUGGGACCAGAGGCUUCUCCAAUACACUUCUGCAAAUGUACCAGACAGACACUCUCAGUGACAUCAUAACCCUGCAACAUGAAGGUGCGCUCAUGUGACAGCCGCUCAUCCCGUCCUCAGGCUGGACUCAGGUGCAGUAACAGGGGCUAAACAGUUAGCAUGGGGAACAAAAGGAGGAAGGACGCCAGCUGAGCUCCUGCACCAAACCAGAAAAA